GUUCCUCGCUCGUUUUAGUCGUUGUAAGUGCGUUGCUUCCACUUGGCUUUGCUACGUCUGAGCUUAAAUACAUUUUCUAUCCUGUAAAAUCAGCUUUCUCGGAUUUUUUCUUUUGUUUUUUCCAAACAAUCAUCGUCACAGGACGUCUGCAUACAAUUUAAGUGUUUUCGUAAUUCAUAUCCCUCAACGGAGCCAUGAUCACCAGAAAAAGAGGAAGAAGCAGCCUUAACGCUGAUAUCACAUCAAGUACCUCCAAUGAGAGUGACGGUGCUUCGAAAACCAGUAAUACAAGUGAAACAAACACACACACUUCUCCAGAAAGUGACACCAAUGAAUGGGGCCUGGAUGAUCUCCUUGGUUCAGAGUUCAACUGGGACCUGGACAACAAUAUGCUGGAUGUUUUCGGCAACUUCGAAUCACAGAUCAACAAUGAGGUGAACCAAAGUGCAGUUCUUGACGUUCCCGUAUCCCGCAACAGAGGUUUGGUCCAGAGGUCAAAACUGCAAGACGUCUCUGGACGGAUCAUCAACAAGAAUGCUGUCGCAGCAAGGAUAAACCGAUUAAAGAAGAAAGAAUACGUCACUGGCUUGGAGCAGAGAGUGGGUUCUUUGACAACAGAGAACCGUGUUCUCAAGCAGGAAAAUGGGAAUCUCAACAAGAGAGUGGAAGAUUUGGAGAAUGAAACUAGGUACUUGAGAGCCGUGUUGGCCAAUGAGAGCAUGCUGGCUCAGCUGUUGUCUAGAUUGAGCGGUGUGAACGGCAUGAAAUUUUCUACCUCGCUUUUCCAGGAAUCCAACGAGAAUGACCACGAUUAUGCCAUGCCGAGGAAGAGGGUGAAGGUGGAAGACAAAGAUACUGCAGGUGGUGUCUGCCUGCAUGUGGACAAAGACCACGUCUCGGUGGAAUUCUGCACCAAGUGUGCUGAGAGUUCAAGCUUGUCGCAUAAAAUGUAGGGUCAAGUAUUUUACCUUUUCAACGUUUCCCGAGACUGAACUUUGCACAAGGUGUAAAUGUGGGGACAUGACAACAGUAGUCAAAUGUAGAGUUAACUGUUUAAAAUGUGUGCAGGGCUUGAAUGGCAUGUCUAUUGAACCUGCUUUCAAUACAAGUUACUGCUAAACUUGUUGACAGUUUUCUUCUAGGUGCUUGGUCCGCCAUGCUGGACGACUGGGUCACAGAACAUCCAUGACUGCUGAAAUCCAUGGUAAGGAUCAAGAUAUAGAAGACUGCACAGAACUGGUUAACUCCUAAGAUGAAGACAGUGCUUUUUGCCAGUUCACGGCACAGAAUGAACUGUUAAUAAACUUAAGUUUUGUUUUUCUUUUUCAUUUGGUAUACGUUUAAAGCAUUGCAGAUAAUGUACAAAAUGAAAUUAAACAUUGUGUUUUGAGUUACGUAAUUGUAGUAUGUAAUUUCAGUUAAAAUAGACUUUGAGGGAAUUAAGUGGAAACAAAUAUUGUUUAAAAAAAUGUAAAUGGGUGAUGUUUCACAAAGGGCUUCCGCUUGUAUUAAUCUGGAAAAAAAAUCGAUUCGGAAGUUGAUACAUUGAUGUUGAUUCAACACAAGUUUGUUCUGCAAGCUUGUAUUUUGCUGAAAACAGAUGAGCCCUUUCUGAAAUAUCGCUAUAUUUCUAAAGAAUGUUUUUCAUGUAGAACCCUUAUUUUCUUUUAUGCUAAAGUGGAUUUUGCUGUGGGGAAAGCUGAAGAGUCGGGACCAGCAGCUUGCAUCAUGGCCUGGUAAAUUUAAAAAAGGUAGUACAUAAAACCGUGUAAGUUACAGCUUUUACUGACUCUUAUCACACCCCUAAAGAUGUCAGACGCUGUCAUUCUCAUUUAGCAUCUAAAUGAGUGUUUAAACUCUUCUGUUUGUGGUAACAUUUGCUUAUGACAUUGAACAUUUGUCAUCCAUGUGUUCCAUUUCGAUUUGCUAUGGCACUUGGACUUUAUUUGACAGUUGUCCAGAGGAAGUGAAAUGGUAUGUUUUAAAGUGGGGUUUUCAAAGGGUUUUGAUUUCUGAAUAAGUCAUCUAUUUGUGAGAUGUAAUUGAAAUCCAAAGACUGUGCAGACUGUCUGUGCUGAUAAAAAAAAAAAAAUGUAAUAAAUUUUCUUUUGAGUAAUGCAAA